AAAAUAUAGGAUGUUUACAAAAUAGCAUUCAAAAUUUAGAUCAUUCCAAUGAACUAAAUGAAAUAAAAUCUUCUUUUAAUGAAUUGCAGGAAAAUUUGUGUAGGCAAAAUGUUAUACUUUCAGAUAAUUUAAAGUCUAUUGAAGAAAGACUAUUAAGAAUCGAAGAAAAACAACAAGAAAACAAUGAACAAUUAAUAAAUUCUGAAGAAAAAUUAGCUGAACAACAAUCAAAUACACAACCAUUAGACAAAUCUGAUCACCAAUCACCACCACUCAAAUGUCAAAAAUUUGAAUGUAACUACCUAACAAUUUAUCCAAUUCUUAGCCAAAAAAUUCAUAGAAAAAUUAAAAACAACUUAACCUGGAAAAAUUCUGGAGAAAUUAUUAAUAAUGAUUUUGUGUAUGAUCUAAAUGAAACUCCUGCUUCAAACAAAAAUAAAACAAUUACUCUCAAUUAUAUUAAAUUUUUUAUGGAAGAAUAUAGAUCUUCAUCAGCAAUCAAAAACAAAGAGAAUUGGACUGACUAUGUGAUCGAAACUAUUGCUAAUCAAUAUAUUACACAUUUGAGAAAAGAAAAUAGUAAAAGUGAAAGUGAUAAAAAAGAGAGAUCUAAAUUCAAUAGAAGAGCUAAUAGAAUUCGAUUGAAAUCGAAUCAAAGAAACAAUAUACUAAAUGAUUUAAAAAAUGAAGAGUUUCAACAUCCUAAAAAAGAAAUAAAAAUGUUGUUAAUGCAAAGAUGCACUUCACCAGAAAUAACUGAUGAUGAAUAUAAAGAAGAAACUGGUGUACAACGUUUAUUAGUACCAGAAUUAAUCUGGCGUAAUCAAGAAGCUAGACAGAUAUUGAAUUAUAUAGAUGAAAAAAUUAAAGAAAAAAGUAGAGUUGAAAAUCCACAAAGCAAUAAAAAUCAGAGAAUGUAUAUUAACAGAGAAGAUCCUAAAUACCAAAGACUAAUUCCUUUCAUUCAAACAUCACCAAUAAAUGAUGAAGAGGACUGGCCAGUGUGGGCAGAUUAG